UUUUUUUUUUUCGGAUAAAUAUUUUAAUAACAUCAUGUCGAGUCGACAUUCAUACCGAAGACGUUCCCGUAGUCCUUAUUCUCGCUCUCGAGAAGAGCCAAGAAAAAGACUGGAUGAAAUCGAACCCAAUAUUAAUGUUGUCUUGCGCAACCUACCUGACAAUGCGAGAGAAGUCCAUAUAGAAGACAAGUUGAAGCGAAUGGAAGCCAGUAUCGACGAUGUAUCGCUCAUCAAGGACCGUGAGACAGGUGACUCUCGUAAAUUCGCCUUUGUACGUUUCACCAGUGUAGGUCAUGCCAUUCAAUUUGUUGAACGUCACCGUACCUUUUCCAUGGACUCAUAUCGUGUCCGUGUCGACUAUUGUAAAAAGAAUAAGCAAGAGGAAGAAAAGGAAGAAUGGCGCUGCUUCAAGUGCGGUAACUUUAAUGUCAUUUCUCGUCGUGCUUGUACAGAAUGCAAGCACUCGUACAUUUCUUCAUCCAAGGAAAUUCGUACCAAUGAGACAGAAUCCGUUUCGAUCAAUGAUGGUACAAGAGACGUAUCAACUGUGCCUAGUAACAUGUUACUGAUACGUCAACUGGACCAUUUCUCAACGGAAGAAAGUAUUUAUAAUGCCGUGUCUUCCUUGGAAGGUGUUGUGCGUACAUUAUUGAUUCGAGACAAGAUGACCCGCAUGUCAUGUGAAUUUGCCUUUAUCGAGUUUAGUGAGAUUAAGUACGCAUCGAUGGCGUUGGAAUAUGCACGAGAAUUAUUACAAGUGGAUGGACGACGCGUGUUGGUUUCUUUUACGAAUCCAAAAAGUUUUAUACCCGUGUACGGACAAUCUGAAUGGUCCAUUCCUGUUGUAGAUGGACGUGUUGCUUAUUGGGAUAAAAGUGCCUUUCCAUCCGAAUACUCACCUGCACUAAAAAAAGAAAAGGAGACGAUGGUGGUGGUAGAGCAAAAGAAGGAGGUGAAGGAAAAGAAGAAGGAAACAUUGGAUGAUGAUCUUGAUGCAUUCUAUGCAGAAAUGGGAGAUUUCACAAGUAUAAAAGACACGUCGGAUAUCUUUUCUCUUCCCACUUUAAAAUAAUAAACACACACACACACACAUAUAUACACUCGCGU